CUCCCCGUAGCCCCCUGCGCCGUCCCCCCCCGCCGCUCCCCGGUCUCUAUGACCUCGGCGGGGCGGCGGGCGCGAUGUGGCGGCUGCUGCUGGGCCGAAGCCGGGGCCGCUGCGGGCCGACCCCCGCCCGGCCCGCCUGCGCCCCCGGGCUGGGCCAGGGCCGCGGGCACAGCCCCGAGCGGGCGCCCGCGUGUGAGGAUGGGCCGGAGCGAGGAGAGAGGCGGCAGCCGCUGCCCCGCCUGGUGCCCCGCUACUCCGUGCUGGAGGCUGUCACCUGGGGAGCGCUGGGCGCGCUGCUCCUGCAGCUCGUCAGGCAGGUGGCGUGGCUGAGGUCGCUGCCGGACGCCCGGAGGGAGCGGAGGUGUCCCUGGCUGUCCCCGCGGCCCCCCCAGCACACAGUGGUGACUGAAGCCUCAACCAGCUGUCCCAGUGAGCAGCUGGGGUCCCAGUUCCUGCAGAAAGCAAUUCCAGAGGCCACAGCAGAGAAUUCAUCCUCAGGCAUCCCCUCAGGGCAAGGAGAGAGCCAGCCCUGGGCAGAAGUAGGGGAGUUCCAAAUCCCUGCAAGCUCCAGUGUGGGGCCACUUCUCCACAGUGCAAAGGGUGACCCAGCUCAGCGAGGGCAUUUAGAGGAAGCCGCUUUCCAAUUGCAGCAGAUUUUCCGGAUUGAUAUUUCCAUUGCCUUGAAUAUCCUCGGGAUCGAGAGCAUGAGGGCAGGGCACUGCAGGACAGGCUUCACCUGCUUCAAACUGGCUGCUGAUCGAGGCUACAGCAAAGCCCAGUUCAACGUGGGCCUGUGCUAUGAGCAUGGCAGAGGCACGGAGAAAGACCUGGAAAAGGCAGCUCUUUAUUACUGCCACGCUGCCAGCAGCUGCCACCCCAUGGCCCAGUACCGCUACGGGAGGUACCUCCUGCAGCACAGCCCUGGCCAGCACUGGGACAAGCUCCAGAGGGCCCUGACGUUCCUGGAGCGAGCAGCAACGGCUGGGAUCACAGAGGCACAGGCUUAUCUUGGAGUGUUCUACAUGAGGGGGCUGCAGCCCCAAGAAAAGAGGGGUCUGAAGUACCUGCUGCUGGCAGCAAACAGUGGUGAUGCCCAAAGCAGGUACCACGUGGGUGUUUGCUACGAGCAGGGCCUUGGGGUGCAGCAGAACCUGGCAGAGGCACUGAGACACUACAGGGAGGCAGCUGCUGCUGGGAACAGGCACGCCCAGGAGAGACUGAAGCUGUGGGAAGAGGAGCUGGAAGAUGUGCGGGCAAAGCAUCCAUUCCCUUCAGGAAUACGAGCCUCUUCCUCGAGCCCCAGUUUCUGGGCUCUGGAGCCUGUGUCUGCAGGUCUCCACAACACCCUGCCCCACUCUUGGAGCACAGACAGACUCCAUGUGAUGCUGCUGAGCAGUGCAGGAUGGAGCCGUGCCUUCGGACACAGGACAGUGCCACUGGAAAGGCAGUUCUGGGAGCCCCACGGCUGCUGUUCCUAGAGCAGGCAGCACCAGCAGCACCUACAGAACAGCAGCACUGUCCUCCAGCCCCAGGCCCUUCCCACGUGCCGACAGCUGCCGCAGGAGCCCCGCGCCCGUCUCGCUGUGGACUUGGACCUUCUG